CUAGAUUGUUAUUACCAGAACCAUUUUUAAUUUAAAGUUUAAUUGCUAUGCAUCUAGCGUAAAGAAAUUUACAAAUGUAUCAUGACUAUUCAAUUGUAUUAUUUAAAAAAAAUUAAAAUAAAAAUGAAAUAUUAUUAACUUAUCAAUAAUUGUCAUUAAGUUAGAGUAAGAGUGUAAAACUUCUUCCCACUGCAUUUCAAAUAAAUUCUUUAAUUUAACAUUAAAAUCUACAUUAUGUUUGGCCGGGCAUAUGCUCCUCUCUCUUAACUCAUUACCUAAUCCUAAAUCCCCCGUUCCUCUUCCAAUCUCCCCACAUUGCUUCAAUGGAAGAAAUCGAUAGGAUAAGCACUCUACCGGACUCAGUGUUGCGCAACAUACUAUCCUUCCUUCCAACCAAAACAUGCGUGAAUACAAUGAGUCUCGUCUCUCGCAGAUGGCGCUACCUCUGGGAGCAUCUUCAGGUCUUCGAUUUCCACCUCAAAUACAACCAGCGUACCAUCGACAAAGGCAACGAGUUCCAUAAGUUUGCAUUUUUUGUGAACUCCGUGCUCUCUAUCCGUAGGUCACCCGACAUUCGAAAGAUGAGCCUCUCUUGCGGUCAGCGCCAACUCGAUGAUUUCUUCUCCAACUGCCUUGACUCGUGGAUACGCACCGCCGCUGGACCCCACCUCCAGGAACUGCAUCUUGCCCUCUUUUGCAUGGACAAAUAUUAUGACUCCGUACUUCUCUCCUGCUUAUUUAGUUGCCCUAACCUCUCCUCCCUCAGUCUCUGUGGUGAUAUUGAGUUGCUAUCGCCAACUUCGGGGAUUUGCUUACCAUCAUUGAAGAAGCUGCAACUAGACAUUCGUAAUGUCAAAGUGAAUUUGUUGGAUGUUCUACUCUCUGGGUGCCCCAACCUUGAGAUGCUUGAACUUUCCAUUGCUCCUAUGUAUUUGGCCGAUCUUCACGUGCCAUCUUCCUUAAAGAGGUUGAUAUUCACCGUUGAGGGUGAUGCUGGGGUUUGCCUUGAAAUAGACACGCCAAGACUUCGCUACCUCAGCCUCACCCGUGUCAAAUUAGGAGAAGGAAUUGGCAACUUGGGUAAAGUAGAUGAAGCAUUUCUUGAUGUAUUUUCAAAUCCUAAAAAUAAUUCUAUUGAUCCUUUACUCAAUCUCCUUCGAGAGCUCUCUGGAAUUAAACAACUAGUGCUGUGUUUAUCAACAACUAAGUGGCUAUUUUCUGUCCCUCCUAAAAUUCUCCCAGAAUUUCACUAUCUGCUUCGACUAGAGCUCAUUCUACCUUCCUUUAGCUUCGGUUUUCUAAUGAACUUGCUUCAGAGUUGUUCUAUACUUCAAGCUCUCAUAGUUCAGAAGGACAAGCGUAUGCUAUUUCCGCAUUUAUAUGGCUUUGAGGAGGAUCCUGAAAGUGUUCCUAAUUGUCUUGUGUCCCACUUGAUCUUUAUUCACUUAAAGGGAUAUUCGAGUGAGAUGAGAUUUGCUAGCUAUGCUUUACGAAAUGGACUUGUUUUGAAGACGAUGCUUAUUUCGGAUUUAUUGUUAAACCAAAAGGAUAAGUGGGAGAAGUAUCUAAUUCUGAAAGAAUUUUCAGAUAUACCAAAGGGCUCUGCCAACUGCCAACUUAAAUUUGAUUGAGUUCUAUCUCCUCUCCUUAAGUGUGCUUUCCGACGAAAAUGCUGGCUUCACUAAAAAGGUGACAUUGGAAGUAUAACAUAUAAGUAUAACAAAUCUCUCUGAAAGUGGCAUUGGCUCUGUUGCUAUGUUUUUCUGUUGGUAGACUAAUAUCAGAACAUGGUAAACAAUGUUUAUAGCAAAUGCAGAAAUAUGGGUUAUUGGGAUAGUUCUUGAAAAUGUUGUUUGCUUUUUUGUACAAGCUAAUUUGCAGAAGUCUAGCAGUAGCACAUGAUCUUUCUUGAUAUGAUGUAGAGAACAACUCCUAAUGCAGAUUUAUUGAUUGUAUUUUCUUUGUGGCAUUGUUGGAUUUUAAAAAGUUUGUUUUUGUGGCUGAUGUUUUCCCAAAAUUUCUAGUCCGCAAAUUUCUAGAACAAGAUUAAUGUUGCAUUUUCCUCCAGGAAAUAAAUUAAUUAGGCAGAGGAAAAUGAGUCAACUCAUUAAGGGUUUCUGGUCUUUUCGUUUUAAUUUUAAAAAAUAGUUUUUUUUUGUAUUUUUAGAAAUGAUUUUUUAAAAUAUUAUUAGUUUUUUUCAAUUGGUUUUUUUAAUUGAAAGACCAGUUUUGUAGAGACUUUGUUUUAAAAAUUA